UAUAUAAACGCAGGGCACGAACACAUACAGAAGCAAUUAACACAAAACCCGGCUUAGGAUCAACAAUCUCUACCGCAUUCUCCUCUGCUUGCACUGCUCCUUCCUUCCUUCCGACCGAUCGAUCGCAUAAAUGGCUGCCAUGAGAAUCACCCUCCUUGCCUUGGCCGCAAUGGCCGUCCUGGGCACCGCAUCGGCGGCGACCUACAACGUCGGGGAGCCGGGCGGCGCAUGGGACCUGAGAACCGACUACGGCAGCUGGGUGUCGUCCAAGAAGUUCCACCCCGGUGACGCGAUCGUGUUCAAGUACUCCCCGACGCAGCACGACGUGCUUGAGGUGAGCAAGGCCGACUACGACUCCUGCAACACCAACAGCCCCAUCGCCACGCACACCACCGGCAACGACGUUGUGGCCCUCACCUCCACCGGCACCCGCUACUUCAUCUGUGGCUUCCCUGGCCACUGCACCACCUCCGGCACUGGCCUGAUGAAGGUCAAGAUCGAAGUCACGCCGGGUUCCUCGUCGUCGUCACCAGCCCCGGCCGCCGGUCCUGGCGCAAGCAACUCUCCCCCACCACCGCCGUCAUCUGCCGCUGCCUCUGUCGGCGCCGCAGCAGGCUUUGGCCUCGCCGCCGUCCUGCUCGCCGGUCUCAUGGCUUGAUGCUUCUCUGCUUCUUUCUUCUCUGCUACCUCACGCACACAUAUGUGCUUAUACGUAGAGUCGUAGACACAUAGUUACUACUCCCCCGUUCCAAAUUAACUGUCGUGUCUAUGCAAAACCACGAUAUUUAAUUUGGGACGGAGGGAGUAGUUGUGACCAGUUGACUAUCUACAGGUCUUGUGUAUUUGAUCUGUUCGUACAUUGAUUUUUGGAGGAUGAAUAAAGCAGAUUUUCUAUUUGA